AAUAAUUGUUUUUUUACGGAAAAAGAAAGCGAAAAUAGCUCCACUCAUCAUCUUUCUUCUCUGCUUCUUCUUCUCUGUCACACUCACUGCAUGCCUUCUUCACCUUUCCAUUUUCCAUCCAUCUUCAAAUUCAAAUUUAAAUUCAAAAUCUGCUUGUUCAUCACGACUCAGAGACACCAAUCCUAACCUCUCUCAAAUGGCUACUACCAUGGUGACAUUGAUCGGCCUCGUCAACAGAAUACAGAGAGCAUGUACUGUUCUCGGCGACUAUGGAGGCGAUACUGCCUCCUCUUCUUUGCCUACUCUUUGGGAGUCUCUUCCUUCUGUUGUUGUAGUCGGUGGCCAGAGUUCUGGAAAAUCAUCGGUGUUGGAGAGCAUUGUAGGGCGAGAUUUUCUUCCAAGGGGAUCAGGUAUUGUGACAAGGCGGCCUUUGGUGCUGCAACUGCACAAGACAGAGUCGGGGACACAGGAGUAUGCUCAGUUUCUUCACUUGCCAGAUCAACGAUUCACAGACUUCUCCAUGGUUCGAAAGGAAAUUCAAACUGAAACUGAUAGAAUGACCGGCAAGUCAAAACAGAUUUCUCCUGUUCCUAUUCAUCUCAGUAUUUACUCUCCAAAUGUUGUCAACUUGACAUUGAUUGAUUUGCCUGGUUUAACAAAGGUUGCAGUAGAGGGUCAGCCAGAGAGCAUUGUUAACGACAUUGAAAAUAUGGUUCAUUCAUAUGUUGAGAAGCCAAAUUGCAUCAUUUUGGCUAUAACUCCAGCCAAUCAAGAUAUAGCAACAUCUGAUGCUAUCAAGCUCUCUAGAGAAGUUGAUCCAACAGGUGAAAGGACAUUUGGAGUGUUAACAAAGAUUGACUUGAUGGACAAAGGAACAAAUGCUUUGGAUGUUCUUGAAGGAAGGGCUUAUUCACUUCAACAUCCUUGGGUUGGGAUUGUGAAUCGCUCGCAAGCUGAUAUCAAUAAGAAUAUAGACAUGAUAGCUGCUAGGCGACAGGAGUGUGAAUUUUUUGCCACUAAUCCUGAUUAUAGGCACUUAGCUGGCAGAAUGGGUUCAGAAUAUCUUGCAAAACUUCUAUCCAAGCAUUUGGAGUCGGUCAUUAAAGCUCGCAUUCCAGGCAUCAUAUCUAUAGUGAACAGAAGCAUUGAUGAACUUGAAGCAGAGUUGGACCAUUUAGGUAGACCUGUUGCUGUUGAUGCUGGGACACAGUUAUACACUAUCCUGGAGCUAUGUCGUGCAUUUGACCGGGUAUUCAAAGAGCAUCUGGAUGGAGGGCGACCUGGGGGGGGGAUUUAUGGAGUUUUUGACAACCAGCUCCCAUCUGCUUUGAGGAAACUUCCAUUUGAUCGUCAUUUGUCUCUGCAAAAUAUUAGGAAAUUAGUUUCAGAGGCGGACGGAUACCAACCCCAUUUAAUUGCACCAGAGCAUGGUUAUCGACGGCUCAUUGAUGGGGCAAUUAAUUACUUCAGGGGGCCAGCUGAAGCUUCUGUAGAUGCUGUUCACUUUAUUUUGAAAGAACUUGUCAGGAGGGCAAUUGGAGAAACUCAGGAGUUGAAGCGAUUUCAAACACUUCAAGCUGAAAUAGCAUCUGCUGCCAAUGAUGCACUCGAGCGGUUCCGUGAAGAUAGUAAGAAGACAACUUUGAGGUUGGUGGACAUGGAAUCCUCAUACCUCACGGUAGAUUUCUUCAGGAAACUUCCCAUGGAGGCAGAGAGGGGUGGAAAUCCAACUGCAAACGAUGCAGAUCGAUACACAGAAGGCCACUUUCGUAGAAUAGGAUCCAAUGUUUCUUCUUAUAUAUUGAUGGUGUCUGAGACACUCAGGAUCUCCAUUCCCAAGGCUGUGGUUUAUUGUCAAGUGAGGGAGGCUAAGAGGUCCUUGCUGGAUCACUUCUAUACUCAAAUAGGCAAAAAGGAGGCCAAGCAACUAGCACACUUGCUGGCUGAAGAUCCUGCAUUGAUGGAAAGAAGGCAGAAAUGUGCCAAAAGACUAGAAUUAUACAAGUCUGCGAGAGAUGAGAUUGAUUCGGUGUCAUGGGCUCGAUGAGAUACCGCCGAUCAUAUAACAUUUGCCAGGUUUGCUCGGCUGAAGAUCCUCCUUGUAGUUUUUGUCUUUUGUUUUCUGAAUUGCAAGUUUCUCAGCUGCGGUUUUGUUUGUGGAUUUGCCAGUUUUCUUUGUAUAGUGUUCUUGUAAUCCAUCUGCAGGUCACCUCUAUAUUGAAAGCGUUUUUAUACUUA